CACCACCAAGGGUGUUUGUGACCAGGGUACACGUACCACCAUACACACGCCCUCCUUUAUCUCUUUUUCAAUGAUAGGAAGCCAAACUGAUUAGUAUCUGUCACUGCAGGAGAUGGUGGCUUGGAAAAAUGGACCUGCUAGAGGACCUUGAGUCCCUGCAGUUUGAGUAUGGGAUUCCAGAGAAAGACAGGAUCUUGGUGUAUUUGCUGGGCCGUUCUCGGGGACUGAUGAUCAACGCCUGUGCCCAUGCAAUCUUCUUCUGCAAAGUAAUACGCAAUUUGAGAGAAUCAUUACAUGAGGAUCAAAGUUCUAGUCAUCUCUCAAAUGGGUCCCAGCAUUUGGACACCCCUGAUAAUGAGGAGUUAAAGGUGGGCAUCAUUGGUGGUGGCCAACUUGGGAAUCACCUGGCUCGCACACUGCUGCAGCUAGUCCCCAUUCCUGCUAAGAGCCUGCGGAUCUCCACUCGGAGGCCAGAAGUACUGGAUGAGUUGAAGAAACUGGGGAUCCAGUGCUUUUACCAUAACUCUUAUUUAGCAGCUUGGGCCAACGUGGUAUUCCUCUGCUGCCUGCCGUCUCAGCUGCCCAAUAUCUGCUUAGAAAUUCAAACCAAACUUCAGAAGACCUGCAUCGUGUACAGCUUUGUAGCCGCCAUCCCAAUAUCCAGGUUGAAACUACUGCUGAACCACACCAAUAUCCUGCGACCGCAAUAUGAGUGUGCUAAAGACUUCGUCAAUGUUUGGGGGACCAAUACGGAAGUCAUAGCUGCUCUCCAAGAUCCUGUGAUUCUUCGGGCUACCUGCCCCUACAGUCCUGCUGGUAAUGGCUCAGCAUAUUUCUGGCAUUCUUUUGAAAAUUACCUUCCCUUUGGCCUGCUGCUAUUUUAUUAA